AUGAAGUUUGCACGGUGCGUCGCGCUGGCCGGUUCUCGUCCUCCGCUCGACGCUAACCCAGACUCGAAAUACCUCAAUCGAAUUCACGGCUGGCUCCUCGAACUGUCGCACGGCGCGUGGCAUGGGCAUGUGCGUGAGGUCUUUUCGUUUUUUUUUGCACUGUGGUUGGCGAGCGCGCGGGGGCCCCUGUUUUUGGACGGUCCUGCUGCUCGGCGGCGCGCGUUCUUCUCCACCAAUCUCCCCCGCGUCCAAUCUCUCCAACAACCCCAGAAUGGAAAAAAGCAUACAUGUGACGCGCUCUUCUCCCCUAACCCGCACUCCGUCCCUCGUCUCACCUCGCAUUGCGCGCUGUUCUUCCCUCACCCCGUCUGCAGUGACUACCGCGGCCUCAAAAAACGCAUCACCGCCGUCCGCCGCGCGCAGGAGGGCCAGCUCGCGCUCGAGGCAGCCACCGCCGUCCAGGUGCCGGCACGCGCGCGCACUGCACCUGCCGCGGCGGGCGACAACAAGACGAACAUAAAUGCUAGCGCGUCGGAUGUAGAAGCGACGGACGCGGGCUCGCUCAUGUCCGCGGCCUCUGAACGGCCGUCGCCCGUGCAGGGAGAGGGCGCGGGGCGGUUUCGCGACGCACGGACGCCGUCGCCGCCUCUUGGGCUGUAUGGGUUUGAGGAGGGCGAGGGCGACCGCGAUCCGAGUCCGCUGCGCUCGUCGGCGGUGGCGAGCUCGGGGAGCGCGGAUGGGAGGCCUGCGUUGUUGGGCGGCGGGAGGAGGCGGGGCGGGAGUGUGACCUUUCCCGCCUCGCCCGUCCUCCACGCCGUCCCCUCGCCCGCGUCGUCCCCGACCCCCGGCCCCGUCUCGCCGAAGUCUCCCCCCUCGCCAACAUUUACUGAGGCACCGACGAGCGGGACCGCGGGCGCGAAUGCAACAUCGGCAGCCCCGACAGGGCUCUUUGCGCACAUGCGCCGGCGCUCGUCCACGAUACGGACACGCACCGCAUCUCUGCACACCACCUUCACCGCGCCCGGCACGCUGCCGCCGCCGUCCCUGUCGGCGCUCCUCGCGCCGAUGCCGCCCGUGCAGCGCGCGUUCUUCGACGCGCUCGACCGCGAGCUCGAGAAGAUCGAGGGCUUCUACCUCGCGCGCGAGGCGGAGGCGCGCGAGCGGUGCGCCGCGCUGCGCGGGCAGCUGGGCGAGCUGCAGGACCACCGGCGGGUGUUUCACGAGGCGCACCCCGCCGACCAGCGCCCGUGGUCGAUCGCCGCGCUCGCCGCGCACGCGGGCCGCCCGCACUCGCAGGCGCGGUGGCGCGCGUCGCGCAAGAACACGCCGGUGCAGUCGCGCGCGCAGUCCCGCUCACGCACGGGCGACGCUGGGGGCGACUCGGGCGAAGGCGCGGGCGAGGGCGCGGGCGCGGGGACGUCGUCGUCGCGCGAGAAGACGCCCGAGCGCGAGGGGGACGCGGAGAAGGUGAGCGAGUUUUUGGGCGGGUUUGGGCUGUUUGGGGCGGGUGGGCUCGGGCUUGGGCACGCGAACGCACACGCACACGCGAACGGGAACGGGAACGGGGCAGCGAGGGGGAAGGAGACGCGGUUGAAUCCCGAGGAUUACACGCACGCGAAGAAGCGCCUGAAGAAGGCCGUGUUGGAGUAUUAUCGUGGGCUGGAGGUGCUGAACAACUACAGGAUCCUCAACUUGACGGGGUUCCGCAAGGCGUUGAAGAAGUUUGAAAAGACGACCAAGAUUCCCGUUCAACAAGCGUAUAUGAAGGAAAAGGUGCGCGCGCGCGGUGCUUUUUUGGUUGUGGACAGACGAACAGCAACGCUUAUAUGGGAGCGUGGAAUCGCGCAGGUCGACCAUAGCGCGUUCGCGUCGGGCGAGAUCGUGCAAGGUCUCGUGCGGGAGAUGGAAGACCAGUUCGCGGCGCGGUUCACUCGGGGCGAUAAGAAGAAGGCGCUCAUCCGGCUCCGUGCGGCGUCGCAGCACAAGACGCACCAUUUCAGCACGUUCAGGACAGGGAUUGCCCUCGGGUUGGCCGUGCCCGCGCUGGUGGACGGGAUAUACCGCAGUUUUCAGCCUGAGACGCGCGCGGCGAUCCCGUGGCAGACGAUGCUGUUCAACUACGCCGUGCUCUGCGUCCCCGCCUUCUUUUCGUUUCUCGUCGGGCUCAAUGUGCUUGUGUGGAGCCGGUCGCGGAUCAACUAUGUGUUUAUAUUCGAGUUUGAUAUUCGGACGCGCUUGGACCAUCGCGAGUAUUUCGAGAUCCCGGCGAUCGCGAUCGCGACACUGUGCUACGCGUUCUGGCUGACGUUCGCGCGCGUCGGCGCAGAGUCGAUCGCGCCCACGACGUGGCCGCUCGUGUGGCUCCUGUUCAUGGUGGGCUUGCUGAUCAACCCGCUCCCGAUGAUGUUCCGCGAGAGCAGGUGGUGGCUGCUUCGCAACUUCGCGAGGCUGCUCACCAGCGGCGUGCAUCGCGUCGAGUUUGCGGAUUUCUGGAUGGGAGACCAGUUUUGCUCGCUCGUGUUCACGCUCAGCAACUUGUACUUUUUCAGCUGCUCGUAUAUCGUUGGAUUCGACCGCGAUCCGUGGCGGCGGUGCGCGAUCCCGCACGGCUGGGGCAUCCAGUUCGCUCUGGCGUCGCUCCCGCUCCUCGCGCGGUUGGUGCAGAGCGUGCGGCGGUGGGUCGAUUCGAGGCUGGUCACGCACUUGAUCAACGGAGGCAAAUACGGCGCGGGGAUCGUCUACUACCUCGUUUACUUCAUCUGGCGGGAAAACGGUGCCGGAAGGGGUCCCAGCUUCGCAUUGUUCUGUUUGUUCGGCACGAUUUAUUCCACAAUGGGCUCGCUGAUCGCGCGCCACGACGGUGGGCAGGAUUUCUUGAUGGAUUGGUCCGUGCUCAGGCCGCACGCGCGAUACCCCCUGCUCCGCUCGGAGCUUGUCUAUUCUAGCUAUACACCCCUGUAUUACUUUGCGAUCGUGUCCAAUGUCCUCGUCCGGUUUGUUUGGGUGAUAUAUAUCCCCUCGCAUGGGAGGAACUUUAGCGUCCGCACGUUCGUCGCCGCGCUGCUCGAGGUGCUCCGCCGAUGGCAGUGGAAUUUCUGUGAGCGCCCUCCUUCUCCCACCCACCCAUUGCCCCCACCCACCCAUUGCCCCCACCCACCCAUUACCCCCACCCACCCAUCGCCCCCACCCACCCAUCGCCCCCACCCACCCAUCGCCCCUACCCUCCUCCCCAUCGGCCGCAUCCUUCCUUCCCUUACGCAUCUGAUUCUGACUCUGACUCUGAUUCUGGUUCUGAUUCGCUCCGUUUUGUUCCGCGCGCAGAUCGGUUGGAGAACGAGCACCUCGGGAACAUGGAUCAGUAUCGCGUCACGCGCGAGGUGCCGCUGCCAUACUCGUUCGAUGAUGUCGGACACGAGUCGGACGGCGGGGAUGAGGACGGCGACGUCAACGCGAAGCGGUCGAGGAAGUAGGCGGGGCGAGGGCGAGGGCGAGGGCGAGGGCGAGGGCGGAGGCGAGGGCGGGUCCUCGCACGGCUCGGAUGGCUGGUCACGCUCCUUUUAG